AUGGAGAAGGACGACCCCUCUGAGUUAGCGACUCCCCCGUCUGUGAAAGCCAUCAUCUCCAGGAUUGAGACGGCGCAGCUGAUGCGAGCUCAAGAGGACAUUGCCAGCCAGCUCUCGGGCAUCCUGGGCAACGUCAACUGUGCCAUCAACCGCUUCCAGGAAGAACUGGGCUAUGAUUUGAAAGAAAAGGCCGACUCUCGCCAGUCAGACCAGAAGAGCAAGGAGAGAUUCACCUUGCUGGAGAAGAUCGCCUCCUUCUCCAAUGGCGUUAAGGCGAAAGAGCAGCAUCUGUGUGAAAUUCGCCGCUGGCUGGCCGACUGGGGUGAAAGUCUCACCUAUGAGAUUAGGAGCAGGGAGAGCGAGGAGGAAGAGGAAGUCGUGGACGAAUGGAUUGAGGUGAUGGAGAAAGUGUUGCCUCUCUCCCUCAUUGCCACCAAGGGAGGCAUUGAGUCUCUCAUCUCGCUCUGCUCCACCCUCAUUGAAGAGCAAAGAAAAAAGACACAAAUAUCCAGACACACUUUUUGGCGGGGCUGGUGGGACAUUAGCUCCCCCAAAUCGACAGCUCACCGUCAGCCCCUAAGCCCGGAGCAGAUGCUGCAGGAUAGGCACACCACCUGCACGAGGGUCUCGGAGGUGACAAGCAUGCUGCAGGAGCUCCUGGACUCAGCCAUGUUCAGCAGGGGGGAGGUCAAGGCCAUUAGGUACAUGUUGGCCACCGUGGAGAACCUCAGCAAGGCCUUGAUGCUGCAGCACAAGGAGAACAGGAGCCUGGAGAGCAAAUGCCAGUGCCUGCAGGCGGAGAUGACCAGGGAGCUCAGCCGCCAGAGGCUGCACUUCCAGAGGGCCACUGAGGCCCUGGAGAGCAAGCAGGACGCCCUGCUGAAGCAGGUCAAAGUCCUGCAGGAGAGGCACCGUGACCUCCUCCUGACAAAGCACGCCCUAGCGUUCCAGCUGGAGAACCUGCAGGCGGCCAGAGGUCAAGCAGGAGACCUGCCCCAGGUCCUCGCUGAGUCCCCGGGCCCCUUAGAGAAAGAGAGCUCCCCAAAGGACAGACGGCUCAUGGAGGAAACCCACCAUGAAGCCCAGAAGAGGGAGCAGGUGUCUUCCCCAGCUUUCUCGAGUCCGGUGACCCUGGCCUGGGAUGGUGGGGCCAUGCCCCCAGCACAUCAGCCGCUGUCCACCAUGACCAUGCAUUCGAGAGUCGCGGAUGCGUACAACAGCAAGGACACGGAGGGCCUGGAGCCCCCACUGAUCUCCUUGGAUCACAAGCUUCCUGAGAAGCGGGAAAGCCUGGGGCUGGGAGCCGGAGACCGCAAGGACCACUUCGAGGAGAAGGGGGGACUCCACGUGAAGCCUCGUUCCGGGAAGAGCUCCGGCAAGGCUCCCCCCGAGAACCAGGGCGGGUGCUUGGAGGAGGAGCUCAGCAGGGAGAAGCAGAGGCCGCCAGAGGAGGAGGGGGAGGAGGAGACAGGGCUACCGCUGCAGGAGUGGCCCUCGCGGGAGCAGCUGCGGCCAUGGGAGAUGGAGUGGACAGCCAGGGGGCAGCCUCAGAGGUCCCAGAAGCAGCCAGAGAGCCCAAGGAGGGAGCUGGGGCAGCCGCGGGAGGAUGUGGGCAGGACGGUCUGCACGACCACGUGUCAGCGGAGGAACAGGAAGGCAGAGCCGUUGCCAGCGCCUCCCCCGAGCCGGGCCCAAUCUGCUUGCCAAGGCAGGAGGCCACACUUGCCCAGGUCCCCCAGCAUCCGGCAGCCCAGGACCAUGAGUGCAGUGGAGUUUACCCAGAAACCUUGGGCCUGCCGGGUCCCCACGAAGCCCAAGAAGUCUGCCUCCUUCCCCGUCACCGGGACACCCGUCCGGAGGGUGGCCCAGCCUUCUCGGCAGAGGUCCCCGAGCGCUCUGAGGGAGACGACAUACCACCUGGACACGGAGGCCCAGCGGAAGAACCUGCAGCUCCUGAGGGAGGCGUCAGAGUUGGGGCUGCCCCACCACUUGCACAGCAAGGCGUCGGAGCUCAUUGCCGCCACCCUGGAGCUGGGCGUGCUCAGGCUACAGUGCUUAUGCCACAAGUAUAUCCUCUACCGGCGCUUCCAGGGCCUGCGACUGGAAGUGAUGAGCCGCCUGCGAGUCUCGCGAGAAUCCGGGGCUGCCUCCGAGGCUCAGAACCUCCGCGGCUUGCUGGAGCGCAUGGGCAGGUGGCAGAGCCUCCAGCUGCAGGCCUGGGCCGACAGGCAGAAGGGCCUGGAGGAGAAGCGCCAGGGGUGCCUGAGCAGCAUGGUGACCAUAUUCCCCAAGCUGCAGCUGGAGUGGAACAUCCACCUGAGCAUCCCGGGGGUCACCUCCAGGAAGCCGAGGAAAUGCAAGUCUCUCUCGGCCGUGCCCUGGCGGCGCCUCUGCUCUGCCAGCCCCACCAGCCCCACCGGCAAGCAGCCCUCUCAGUGUAGGCGUCGGGAAUGCGUGUCCCCGCGGAUGAUCCGCCAAGCAGCGAACCAGAUGGAAGCCGUCUGGAAGACGGAUGUGGCCUCCUCCAGUCACCCCAUAGAAAAAAAGACGCCCAUGAGCUUCCCCUGGGGUCCCCAGGGGUGCUUCCCAGACAUCCCCCGGCUGCUGGCAGUGCAGGUGCACCCCCCCGACCACAGGGGCUUGGCAGUCCUCCAGGCCCGCUGUGUUAACGCUUUCAGUGCCUCUGCUGCCCGAAAGAAGCGAUGCCAGGAACCUACGGAUGAGGCAGCCGAGCCUGUUGGCGAAAAACCAAGCAAGCCACUUCCUGGAACCGCGAAAAGCCCGAAGGACAGAGGCGGCCCCAACUUCAGGGAAGAACCGGAAGAGAUUGCCCAGCCCUUCGUGUCUGACCCGGAAGUAGAUGUACCUCACGGAAGCCGGCUUUGGCCCUGCGGCUGCCGCCGUCGCCGCGGAGAAAUUGUUGGAGCUGGCGGCCUAGGAAUGGUAGCGCCCCGAAAAUCUGCGCAUGCGUCAGUCGGACCCGGCCGGAAUCUGGCCGGAGGUGUUACGCAUGCGCAAUCUCCCAGCCUCUAA